AUGGAGGGAAAGGCAUCGGAGUGGUACCAGUGGGCGAAGGGCAGCAAUAUCUUGUGUUCGUGGAGCGAGCUCUUACGACAAGUUAGAAUUCGAUUCGGGCCCUCCCAAUUUGAAGAUUAUGUGGGAAAAUUAUCUAAAUUGACGCAACAAGGCACGACGGAGGAUUACCAGGCUGAAUUUGAAUGCCUAAUGAACAAAGUGACAUCGAUUAGCGAACCUGUGUUGAUUUCGGUGUUCAUAGAUGGCCUAAAAGCUGAUAUUCAACGUAAAGUGGCUGGGAUCACAACCCAGAUUCGAAGUGAUAGUGUUCAGGUGGUGAAAGGAUCCAAAGGGUCCAUUCCAGUCAAGAAUAUUAGUCGGGCUGAGAUGAAGGAGCGACGACUCAAGGGCUUGUGCUAUAAUUGUGAUGAUAAGUGGUCUCCGUCCCAUAAAUGCGCUAAUUUGUUCUUGAUAUACGUAGGAUCAGAUGAGGACUUGGAAGAAAUUCCCGAGCCUUUAGAAGAGGAAGAGUUGACUAUCCAAGGCGAUGCUUCUAGUCUCAAUGCAUUAGCUGGCUCGGAUAGUCCUCGAUCGUUGCGAAUAUGGGGAAGAAUUAACGAGAAGCGUGUCCACGUGUUGAUAGACAGCGGGAGUACACAUAACUUCAUUCGGCCUGAAGUUGCAGAAUGCUUGAGGUUACCGGUGAAACCUAUAGCACCUUUUAAGGGUUAUGUGGGGAGUGGCGACUCACUAGUUUUCCCAAAUCAAAGUCUAGAGUUAGCUCUAGAGAUGCAGGGGACGAGUUUCGAAGUUGCACUUUAUGUAUUACCUAUUCAAGGGCCCAAAAUUGUCCUGGGGAUGCCAUGGCUUCGUGAAUUUGGAAGGGUUGUUCAUGACUAUAAACAAUUAACCAUGGAAUUUGAAUGGAACGGUAAAAGGGCAGGUGGAAUUCGGGUAGAUGAUCGUAAAAUUGAGGUUAUGGUGCAAUGGCCUAUUCCCAAGAACUUAAAGCAGCUGAGGGGGUUUCUCGGGCUUACUGGAUAUUACUGCCAAUUUAUAAAAGGAUAUGCGGAAAUAGCAGCCCCUCUUACUAACUUACUUAAAAAAAAUGCUUUUCAGUGGUCUACAGAAGAUGAAUUGGCGUUUAAUCAGUUAAAAGGGAUCAUGACUCAGACACCUUUGUUGCGAUUACCGGAUUUUGAAGUGACUUUUGUUGUCGAGGCAGAUGCUAGCGGAACAGGCCUUGGAGCGGUGCCAAUGCAACAAGGACAACCCAUUGCAUAUUUCAGCAAGAAAUUAGCACCACGGGUCAUGCACACACCGGAGCAGCAGGUACAUAUUAGGAAACUAUUGGGAUUUGAUUUUGUCAUCGAAUAUAAGGCCGGAGUGGAAAAUAAAGUUGCAGAUGCGUUAUUCCGCCGAGACGAGGAUCUAGGCGAAGAUGAUGGGAAAAGUAGUCAAUUGAAAAUGUUGGUUUCAGUCCCUAUUAAUCGAAUUAUUGAGGAGCUGGAACGAGAAAAUAAAGAACUUCCUUCUAUGAUUCGUUUACACAAAGACUGGGAGAAUGGAGCAUUACCGGAGGAUUGGAUGUUUAAGGCUUUUAAGGGUGAAGCUCCAGCCGAAAGUAGCACGUUACCUGCUUAUGUUCCUGACGGGGGUUUGACAAUUACUCCUCUUGCCAUUCUGGGAGAAAAACAUGUUUUGCAUAAUGGUCAGUUGGAACGCAUGGUGCUAGUCCAGUGGCAAGGUCUUCAUCCUGAAGAAACAACCUGGGAGUUAGCUUCUAGAAUUGAAAGUGAGCUGCCACAAAAACACCUUGAGGACAAGUUGUCUUCUAAUGAGGGAGGAAAUGAUACGAACAAAAGGCAGCCGAUCCCGGCACACCGACCUCAGCGUCAACGGCGAGCUCCCAGUUGGCAACGGAAGGUUGUUGCCCUGAAGGCAAGGGUGGUUCCACCUGGUAGAACAGGUCGGCGAAAGUGGUCCAAUCGCUCGGAUCGUUAA